AUGCGUCCUGCGGCAUCUAUGAAUGCCUGGACAGCUCUGCACCCCCCUGCCCGUCCACGUCCCCCCACCGCUGCCACUACCAAUAAGCGGAAGACACACCGUGGCGGCCGAGGUGGCCAGAAGAAGAAAGGUAAGCAGUCAUCCGAAGCGAUCUACACUGCCGUUGCUCGUGCAGGGUGUGUGAGCUCUGCCGCACCGCGGUCCCACUUCGUCUCGCGGUUCAUCUGUGGCCGGCGGCUCUCGUUCAUGACCCCCGCGUCCCCCACCUCUCGCAACGGGGUCUCGAGCCUCUUCUCUUCCUCCAAAGCUCAAAAAGAGCAAGGACUUUAUGAGACUCUUUUAUGUUCUUAUGUUCCUCGCCUGGGCUUGCAGGCCAGGCCCUAG